AUGUUUGAUUACGAAGAGAGCCCUCCACCGCUACAUCACUCGCCCUCUCCGAGUGAUCAGUCGCGGCAAACUUCUAGAGAUACAACUCCCGUCACUCCUGUUGGCCACGCCUCUUUCUUUGGAAAGAAAUCAGAGAAGGAAUCUCUCCCGUGGCUCAAGAAACCGUUCACUGCUGGCCGCACCACCACCCAACUGUGCAGGGACAACUGCCUGCUCAUACCUGACUUCGACGACAACACUUUCCCGACAUUUGGCGCUUCGCCACCAACCAAGGGAAUGGCCAGUGUAGCCGGCCCUGUUGACAUCACCCUGCGACAGACUUCCACGUCCCCACGGGGCAAUCAGCCAUCUAAUCUAACAUCCGCCCUACAACGAAGCGAUAGCGAAGAGAAACGUAAAAUGUCCCACCAAAUGCCCGAAACGGCCCUCAAUCGCCCAAUCCCUCAGAUGCCAGCUAGCAGCUCUGAUGACUUUUCGAGAUUCGAGCAUGGUGCUCGACAGAUUCCAACCAAAGGCUCGGCCUUCCAUCAGAACAGACGCGAGAGCAUCGCCCAAAGCCUUGGGACAGGCAUGAGCUGGGGUGGCAUCUCGGUUGGUAGCUGGGUGAGAGAUGACAUGAUGAUGUCCGGAACCUCCCCUUUCGCCUUUAACUCACCAUCCUACCACUCCUCCUCCUACUUGCCUAAACUUGAGGCCAACUUCAUGAAAGACUUCUCUUGCUGCGGACUCACGCUACCCUCCCUACACGACCUGUUGCAACACUAUGAAGAGGCUCAUGCCCAAAAAGACCCGAGCCAGACAGAGUUGAACCAGCAACCGCUCCCUGAUAGCCGAGCAGCGCUAGCGGCCACUACUGCCGCCAAUGUCCAGCAGGAGGCCCAGCAGCGGGUUCAACAACAGCAGCAGCAGCAGCAGCAACCUCCUGUUAGACCUUUCGGAAUGCACCAGCCAUAUCAUCAGCAAAACCAACGUCCCGCGCAAUUUGCAAACACCCUGCAAACCAUUCCAGACAUGGAUACCGUAGAUGACAUGGAAAUGGACGACAUCGAUGAUGCCGACGAGACAACACCACCACCCAAUUUGUACACGCAGAAUCAACCUCAAACAUCGCCACCAAACGCCUUCAAUGCGCCGAUUCAGCCUCAAAUCCCGCAGCUGAAUACCAAUAUGAUGCAAGGACAUCAAGCUUAUAGGCAAUCGACUCCUAACACACCCGUUGCGGCUGGCGGUCGAGCAAGCGCUCCGUUCCAAGGCAACAGCGGCUCCUCCACUUUGAUGGCAAAUCCCAUGCAACAAUUCCAGGAUCUACAAAAUGCAUAUCGAAGCACCCCCGAUUCGUCCGCUCCAGGAACACCUGGCGAGCUUGAUGAAGGCCUGAUGAGCGGGCUGGACGACAUGUCCAUGCAAAACAGCCAAAUGUUCAACGGUAUGCCCAAUGGAUUUGGCGGUUUUGGAUUUGGCAUGAACAACGAUAUGAUCGAUUUGUGUAUUGACGAGCCAGCUAAACGAUUGUUCUCUCCAGGAAACCCCAACGUGGGCCAAGGCCAAGGGCAGCAAGCAGGACAGAAUCGACUUGGCAGCGGCCAGUAUGGGGCAAACAGUGACAUUGCACGCACCAUUCGUGAGAAACAAGUCGCUGCUGGUUUACCCGACACUACAACUAACAUUGCCCCGCAUGAAGAACCGAAACCAUUCCGGUGCCCUGUGAUAGGCUGUGAGAAGGCGUAUAAAAACCAAAACGGACUUAAAUACCACAAAUCGCAUGGACACAACAACCAACGCCUGCAUGAUAAUGGAGAUGGCACUUACGCCAUCGUAGAUCCAGACACGCAGGUUCCAUACCCUGGCACGAUGGGGAUGGAGAAGGAAAAGCCCUACAAAUGUGAUGUGUGCCAAAAGCGGUACAAGAAUUUGAACGGGCUUAAAUAUCACAUGACACAUUCCCCAGCGUGCGCCAUCAAACAAGGGCCGGACAACACGACUAAAAGUCCUCCACUGGCAAUGCCCAACAUGAUGGGAGGCUCGAACCCGGGGAACAUGGGAGCUGGCCUCUCAGGGGACUUGAGUAUGAUUUGA